GUAGAGUUUAGAUAAAUGCAAUUCAGACUGCUCACUUUAGUAACAGACACACUGACUGCUAUAGACCUUGAGUGACAUUUUUGGAGACACCAGGCAAACGUUUAAAAAUGAGUGGGCCAGGCCCUCUUCGUUAUCGUCGUAGCCGAAGGCGGCGUAAUGGGCCUACAGGAAUUCCUAUUGCAGAAGCACAAACUUCACUAGGAACUGGUGCCAGAAUAAGAUUCUUUCAUCAGUCACGGCGAACCAAGAGAGUCACAUUUUGUGAUGAAGAAGUGGCAGUAUCAGUCUUUGAUGGUGACGAAGUCUUGGACCACCAGAUGGAGGAGGCCCAGAAAGGAGCACCUGUUCUGCCUCAUUUCCAGUACACGAGGGAGGAGCUUAUGCAAUUCCAGUCUCACCCACUGUCUAAGAAGAGACCAGAAUUCUUAGAUCCAGCUUUUAACAACUCUCGCGGAGUUUGGGAUCCAGAACGCUGGCAUCUGGACAGGAAAAGGUCAGAGACUCCUCCAGAAGAUGAACGUGGAGUUCGUGGAGAUCUCCCAGUGGACCACAAGCGGCGAUCUGGUGAUCCCCGAGAACGGGUACGUAAGGAACAGGAUGGUAUAGUUUUAAGUCCUCAGCGCCGAAGCUUCAACUCCGGAUGCUUUGUCAACAUCAGUCAGAAUAACAGACAAGCUGAAAGUCCUCUAGGGAAGACUGAUAGAGACAGGGACAUAGGCCAUCGAGAUAUGGCCCCAUCUCGGCGUAUAGGCAGUGGUCGUAUCUUGACUCAUAAUGUGUGGGACUUCCGUCUUGACCGAGAGAAGGACUCAGAUCAGCAGGUAGAUUAUACUUUUCAGCGUAGUGGAAACAGUGGCACUACUACCAGAGACCGAGAACGUGAUAGAGAUCGUGAAGAAAGGUUUGAACGUCGAUCAUUUGGUCGUGACUUUGAUCGGGACCGGGAAAAGGAUCGUCACCGUGACCGUGCUGAUAGGAGUCGUUAUGCUGAUCGUCGACGGGCAUACAGUGAUAGUCGAGAGGAGGAGCCAGAGUGGUUUUCAAGUGGCCCAACGUCGCAGCAUGAUACAAUUGAACUUAGAGGUUUUGAGGAUAUUCCUGAGGAGCAGGUGACACAUGGUGCACCCAAAAAGCAGUCCCCUCCUCAAUCCAAAGUUGGGAAAUCCAAUCAACGUCCAGUUACUUUGAGCCGUCAGUCUUCAGAUUCAGUACUGCAGCAGCAGACCAGCUUGGCGGGCCCGACAGGUCGCAGUACUCCAACAUCUAUUGGAGCUAUCACCAUUGCACCUGCUGCUCCCCAUUCUCCCAUACUAGAAGAUGUAUCUGCAUCAAAAGCAAAACAUGCUACUUCAACAGUUAAGGCCUCUGAGGAAGAUUCUUCAACUGACAAACGAACCAUGACCUGGGAACCAGAGAAUGCAGAGGAAAAUGGACCCCAUGUGUUGCAGAACUCUGAAUUCAACCUGGAACUAGAUGACAUUCUUAAAAUUGAUUCUCUUCCAUUGUUAACGAAUGGCACAGCAGUGGAAGGCCCAGCUGGUUCCAGGUUUUGUCAGUUUUUCCGGCGAGAGAGUCCUUUGAAUCAACCUGAAAGUCGUCGCUCCUCACUUCAUGAUGAAUUGCUUAAUAAUAUUAUUAAUGAUAUUACAGAGCCAAACAUUGUGAUUCCACCCUUGAGUGAGUCAGAUACAUACUUUGCACCAAUUUCUCCAGCAGCAAAUACAGCAACAUCUACGGUAUCAGUAUCUGCAGUUAAUAGCAGUGUGAGCAGCAGUGUGAUGAACUCUGGAAAUAGUAGCAGUAAUACUGGAGGGACUGGCAGUAGUGGUUCAAUGUGCAUGAAGCCCUCUUUAUUGCUGGAGAUGUUACAGAGAGGUGGCCAAAAUCAAGCAGGUCAGGGUGAUGCAGCAUUGCCUCCCAUUAUCAAAACAUCCAGUAUCAGGGACUUGGAAGCUGCUGGGAAGAUGCAGAGUGUGGAGGAACUAGAAGCCAGAAUGAGGCAGCAGGGUCUAAAUGUUGCACAACAGAAUAACAAGAACAUAACACAUUCGUCAUUAAAUAAGAAGACUGAAGAGGAUUUGGUGGCCUUCAAAAAGCUGCUUGCACAGGUGUUUGAUGGUAAAGUGAUACCUGCUACAGCCACGAAUGGUGCAUUUCCUCAGAAACCACAACCACUUAAUUUCCUGCAGUGUGAAAGAGAUAGCCCCAAGUUUAAAACACAAGCAUGGCAUUUGAGAGGGGUGACACUGCAUUCAUCACAGAUGAGAACCAUUCUGUCAUAUGUUAUGCAUCAUGUGGUGCAACCUUUUGACUUGACUGUAGGAAGGCCUGUGACACAGCAGCAGUCAUUAAACACAACUGUGUCAGCAUCUGCAGACCAGGUUGGCCUGACUUCAAUGUCCGGGUUUGGACACAAUUCUCAUGCCAGUCCUGUCCACCCUGUAGUUUCUUCACAGCCACAGCUGCAGCAGGCACAGAUGCAAAUCCCACAGGAUCUGGUUAUGAAGCUACUUCAAGUGCAGCAGCAGCAACAGCAGCGUCAGCAGCAGCAAGAAAUGCUGAACAAAUUGCUUGUAUCAAGCCAACAACAGCAAAAACAGAACCAAGCCACAUCUCGCCUUGGUCAUGUGCCUGUUGCAGUAUCUGUACCCACCCAGUUCCAAGUACCACCUCCUCCGUCAUUGUCUCCAUUGCCGCCUGAACUUCAGUUGAUGAUAACCAAUGCUCAGCCUAGUAGGGAAUUACUACAAAGACCAGAAGCACAGGCCAUUAUUCAAGGGUUGAAGCAUGGUGAGAUCACAUCCCAACAUUUGGUACAACAGUUGCAGAAUCCGGCAAUGCAACAUCGCCACAGAGAGGUUCUUGUUAGCAUCUUGAAGUUGCAGCUGCAGCCAGGUGUUUCACCUCGAGCCACUUCCCCUCAUCCUCACAUGCAGCAGCCAGAACUUCUGCACCAAAUGAUGUUGCAGCAGCAGCAGCAGCAACAGCAACAGCAGCAGCAGCAGCAGCUCCGUAUUCCAUCUCCACUGAACAGUGCCUAUUGUCAGCAGCCUCCUGUCAUAUCUCCUAACUUGGCCAACAAUCCCAACAAUUUAACAGUUCAGCACACAGUUGUACCACAUCGAGUGCCAUCACCUCGUGAGCUGAUUGUUCACACACAAAACAUAAUGCAAUCAGCACUGAUAAAGAAGAAACUGGAGGAACAGCGAGAGAACUUCCGAAAACGCCAAGAAAUGCAACAGUCCCAUUCUCCAAAUAUGGCGGGAAUGUCAAGUAAUGCAACAGCUAAUAGUGGGGUGAAGAUUAAUGACUCUUCAUCAUCUGCGAAACACUUGUCAUCCCCAACUCCUCUUGCUUUCACGCCAACAUCAGUACUGAGGAAGAUGACUGCUGAGAAAGAGGCUGAGACUUCUGGUGGACCUGUUAAUGCUGUGAGAAAUGAGUCAAAGGCAUCUGUUUCAGCUCCUAAUGAUCUAAAACCACAGCCUGCAGUUAUCCAGACAUCACAACGACAGUCAGCUUCUGGUCCGCAUUUGAGGUCCCAACAGACAGCAGCCUUGCCGUGGAAUGUAACAAAACAACACCCAGGACGUCCAAUAGUUAAAGGUAAUGCCAACUUCCAGUAUGCAGCUAAUGUUGACUACCAGCAACAACAGCAGCAUCGCCAUAAUGCAAUGAUGUCUGGUGGUGGUAAUUAUAGCAACAGUGUGCCACGAUCAAAGAUAACACUCAGUGCACCUCCUCCUAAUAUGACUCCACAAUUUAAUUCACUCAUGAUGAUGCAUCGGUCUUCUAAUGUUAGAGCUCAGACAAUCCAAGCUCAUUUGGCAACACUGCAACAGGCACAGCAUCAUGCGCAACAGCAGCAGCAACGUAACUUGUCAACUCCAUCUCUGCAGCAAAUACUUCUAAAUCAGAACUAUGGCAAUGCAGGACGAGGAUCGGGCAAAUCGGAUUCUCGUAUGCUGAGGUCUCAACAGUCACAGGCAAUGCCAGUUGGACGUCAGGCCCAAACAAUCAAUCUUCAAGGUAAUAGAGACAUGUCAACUUCACCAACAAGCAACCAACUGGCACGAUGGUUCUCUCCGGAGUUGCUAGCACAAGCCCGUGCAGGUCAGCUACCAGAUAUGCCCCCAAUACCAUCAACACAAAACAUGUUAAGUUUGGAGGAAUUGGAGAGGCUGCAACAAGCUUCAGCUGCUGUUCAUAACUGAAUGGAAAUCAAGAUAAAGGCUUGAUACUGUAAUUAGUUGUAUAAUGGAUGAGGUGUUUGCCAGCCUUUUCACUUUUGUUGACUUGAUACAGUGGAUAUGGUGCAGAUCUGUCAAAAGGUUUUGCUUUAUCCAUUACAGCACUGAGAAAAUGUAGUAGAUAUUUUCAUACUGGCAUUCAGAACUUCAAAACUUUCAUUCCUGUAAUAAUUUAGACUUUCGUCUUUUACACAUUAAUUUUGUGGAGUUGCGUCAACAAAACUAUAGUGGGUUUGCCAUCAAUCAGAAAGUGGAAGACAGACUUAUGUAAAUGUGCCACACAUUGAUGUACUUUUAAGUAAUAUUGUUAUGGAGAACAAUAUUAAGAUAAUGUGAAAUAGCAAGUACUUGAAACUUAACUGGCCAAAGAAAACUGUUCAUAAGUAACAUUUAAAAUUAUGUGUGUAUAUACAGAGUAAAUUAGGUAAUACAACACCACAGUUUUGUAAUCUGGUACUGUAAUUCUAUGAUAUGAUAAUUGAGGGCCUAUCAUGAGUUUUGUGUAAAAUGUGAGAAAAUUUCUUCAGCAUUGAGAUUCAUAGUUUGUGGAAUGGAAAUGUCACAUAAUGAUGAAAGGUGUGGCUGAAAUGAAGCUGUGUUGGGAACAAUGAUGGCAGUGUUAUCAGUUGAAAUAAAUUAAGUGAAUUUAGAAGCAAUCAACACUGAAGCAUGAUGUGAAACUUUAUUGUUAAGUUUUAUUUCUCAACAGGGAUGAAUUUGUUAGUGUGAGAUUUGUAAUGGCUGUAUGAGGAUAUUUCCUUUGGUUAAUGACAGUUGUAGUGUUCAACAGAGAGGGAUUUCUGUGUGUUUACACUUUUUCUUUUGUUAGGUAAACAGAUUUUAUGCUAUUAAGAACAAAUCUGUGUUUGGAUGUAAUCCAUUUGUACAGUUUCUUUCGUCACAUGGUUCUGGAAAAAUAUAUGUAACUACAAGAAACUUGGGAAGUAAGUUCCUUUUAAAAAGAAAUAGCCCCUCUUUUAAAUUUGCUCAGGAACAAAUUUGUUUUUUCUGUAGUUUAAAAGGGGAAAAAGGAAUUAAAUUAAUCCAUGAAAACAAUAACAUACAUUAAAAUAUAUAUAUUUUUGUAGGUGCAGCUGAAAAAUAAGAUUGAGGUAUGACUGUUUUGGUGGCUGUAGCAUGUAUAUCUAAAUUAUUUAAAACAUGUAGAAAAGCCACCCUGAUGCAGAAAUAGUUAAUAUGUAAGAAUGUUAGGUUGAAUCUGCCUUAAGAAUGAGUGUGAAGAAAGUUCUGACCAACCGUGAUUGAUGUAAGUGUUCCAUUUUGAGUUAUUUCUGUUUUGUUCCCAUUCAACAUGAUAGUGUUGAGAAUUUUGUGACAGGAUAUUACGGUGUUAACUAUUAUUUGUUAAAAGUGUGGUUUUCAGAUAUGUUUUGGGAACUGCUUAAAACAAUAGUCAACUUUCAAAAACGUAAAAAAAAUACUGUUGAGGAAAAAUGUGCGGGGAGGGAAGGAAGUCUGUGUAUAUGUGCUUUUUUUUUGCACUCAAAAAUAAGACUUAAGUCACUGCCAAUAAAUUGUUUGCUUCAUCAGAGUUGGUUGGAAGACAUGGCUGUGAGUGGUGUGAAAAAUUUAUCUUCAUUUUGUUAACCUGAUUUUUUGUAACAAAACAGUUGUCAAGACUUAAGAUGGUACACCUGGUUGUAUUGAGCUGAAAAGGAUCAUGCAUUCCAGUGAAAUGAAGGCAUGUACAGAAGUUUGUGACUUUUUUAGUUUGUAGAAUAUUUAUUAAUUUGUCAUUAUCAUUUUCAUGUUUCUCACAUUUAAAAAGGAAGUGUUUUUAAGUUUAAUCAGUGCUUACUGAAGAAGUAGUAGUUCUGUUGGUGUAGCAGGAUAUGCUAUCCUCCCUGUUCUUCAGACAAAUAUAAGACUGUUCCUACAUUCAAGCUUUUUGUUUGCCACUGUGGAUAUUGCAGUGGAAAUGGGUUAUAAACAAAUUGCUUCUUUGAGUCAUUAAAUGAGGUAUGAGUGUAAUUCCUUUUCUGUUGAAUGUUGUAUAAAGUGUUUUGUGACUUUGUCAGCAAAAAGUGUGGAUGUUUUCAAUAUGAUGUGAAAGGAAGGAGGGGGAGAUGUGGUCAUGGCAAAGAAGGAAAUAUGAUGUAUUUAAAAAAGUGACUAAAAUAUGGAUUCAUUAAGAGUAAAUGCAAGUAAUGUUCAUGACAAACCAAAUUUAUAGCACAAAGAAAAUAAGACCUUUGUGCACAUUAACAGAUGCUUUGGUCUUAAAUAAUUUAGAAGUAGAUUACAUGUUACACAAAUGUAGUAGCAGAAACUUCUGACGUCAUUAAAUUUAAACUGAGAUGGGAACUUCAUACAAAGGCACAAACCAAUUUCUUCCAAUAAAUUGUUCUUGGAGUCACAUGCGUCUUGCAGUAAUAUUGUAUACAUUAUUUUUUUUCUAUUUACUGUUUUAUAAUUUUUGGCUUUAUUUGACUCUUGAAAGACUACUCCUGUUUUAUGUCACCUAAAAUACUCUUGUUCUGUCAGCCUUUAUGGACAUACAAAAUCAUUGUAAAUCAGUGGAGGUUGUACAAUAUGCUUUUGUGACAAGAAAAUGUGAAAUUAAAUAUGUGAAUCUGA